CAGACACCAGAAUAUGAAAUAAUGUUUCUUGGGGACAGUUUUCAGUCCGUUAGUGUGCUGUGCAACAGAAAAUGUGAACGUGUUUACUUGUUUUGCACUUUUCUUUCCUGCCAUCUGGGAGCCUAGAUAUUAGUGAAGUCUGGGGUGAGGAAGGAGAAAGCACAAGAAUGAAACUUAUACCAGCUAAUGUGAAUAUUAAGCUUUUUAAUUAAUUAUUCAUCCACACAUGCCUAAGCAAACCUAGCUCUAUUUACAAUUUUAGUGUAAUCUUCAGUGCUGAAAGCCUACUGUCUGUGUUCUUGCAUGCAAUAAUGUUUUAGUUAGUUGUAAACUUGCUAUAUAGUUCCUUUCCUAACCUUCAGAGGACACGAAUGAUUCUCUGUUACCAAAUGUGGUGCAUAAAGUUUAGCGAGACAGCUGGAUUAUUGUAUUAAAUAGCACAUUUAGUGAGAUGUAGGCAUGUGUGUGGACCCCCAGCAGAGAGGAAGGGAUUGAUGUUUUCUAGUUCUACCUCUUACAAAGAGUUGUCAUGGUGAGGCAGUCUGGCAUGAGGAGGAUUAAAUCAAACCUUGGGACGAGAACCUCCAGGCUUCUUUUAUGCCAUCCAACAUUUGCUUAAGCAAAUUAUUCAAGCUUUUAUUUUUGGCUGUCCAUCAAAGAUAUGCAUCGAGCUCCUGUGAAUUAACAAAUGUGUCCCUGUUGUCUUCAUCUACAGCGUCAGCUUUGCAUUGAAAUGUGUGACAUGUAAUAUGAUUUCAUGUUUGUGCAAUCCUGGGCUGUAGCCCAGUCUCAUGCCACAUUUGUUCACAUUUGUUCUGUGUUAAGUCUUAUUUUAUUUCACUUCUCUGUUUGUUGCUUGCAGCCUCACUCAGAAGGUCGUUUGGAGGGAGAGGUAGAUGUGGGUUGUAUAAUUUGAAUAGCUGUAGUGAGUACAGUGUUUUGUAGAACCCCUGUGAACACACACUGCUUCUCUGUAGACACAAACACUUCCUUGUACGGUGUAAUGGAAUAACGGAAAUGAUGUUUUCACAACUUUUUUUUUUUUACUGAGCAUAUUCACUGCAUAAUGUGGUGCAGCACUGAAGCCACACAUUUACAUAUUUAUUUAUUAAGAGUGUAGAGAGAGCGUGUAGUCGAGAGAGCCGGGGAUGUUGCUGUGGAGGUGUGUUGGACUGGAAUGUGUGGGUCACUGUGCAGUGUUCCCCUGCUGUGAAACGCAAAUAUAUUUCUAAAUACCAUUUCACAGUAGUGACCUACUUUACAUUCACUUUUAUAAUUCACUUUGAAUUUCAGUAAUGCUGUGAAGUGUAUUUAAAAUGUUCAGGUCUCUAAGACCCGCCCCCCCAACCAAACACACACACACACAUCCGAAAAUGUCAUUCUUCCUGUCAGUGCAGGCGUACGUGUGACGGACGGAUAAUAUUGAGAAAGGGUUAACAGAAAACAUUAAACCCUGCAGCAAAAAAAAAGUUUGAAUCAACAUUUCAGCUCAACAUUUCAGCUCAACAUUUCAGCCAUUGACGUCACUAAAAUUCAAAUUCAUUAUUAUUAUUUUUUUAAACAUUUUUUACACUAAUGAACAUUAUGUUAAUAUGCUUUAUGUUUAUAACAAUCUGACAGCCACUACAGAUAUUUCCACGUUGUAUUCAUUAAUCAUAUGAAAGAAAACACCCAACGAAAGUGUUCUGGAGCGCUUGAAACACAUGCCAUGUCGCUCCUGGUGUAAAUCUGUCAAAUAUAGGCCCGAGGUACCUGAUCUGUGUCCACUGUCGUUUAAGACUUUAAAAAGAGUUGAACAUUGUUGGAAUUGUAUUUUAUCUUGCAAGCUUCGUCUCCGAUAUCCGAUCUCCUGCCCACGUGAGGGUAAAAAAAAAACUCGCCCACUCCUCUGGUAUUUUUUUUUAGGCCCGAUGAACAGCUCUAACUUACUCAAAACCACAGUGCUGCUCUCUGCUAGACAUGUUUUAAUUUUCACAUUGACCUCCUGUGGACAUAUGGCAUAACGAAUGGCUGAAUAGGGAUUUCAGUAUUUAUUUGAGUACUGGUGCAUCAGAUGGUUAAUGGGCAUUUGAAUAUCUCUGCACAUGCCUAGCUUCAACAGAAAGAGAUCAUCAGGUCAGAUCUAUUAUUAAUUCCUUCUUAAAAAAAAAAAAUAAUAAUAAUUGGUUUAUUCAGUCCAGCUCCUAUUUGUCUCACAGCCAGCAGAUGGCCGUAAAAUUACUAACCGCUCCUUUAAAACCCAAUAACUAGAUAGAAUGAGCAUUUUAUUCAGACGUUCAUUUUGGUCCAUACACGAUUAUGCACAGGUUUUUUUUUGUGAUUGUUGCAGCCAAAAAUGCUUGCUUUUUGCUGUGGUGCUUUUUUGUUUGUUUGUUUGUUUUUUUUGUGGAAAACAACUUGAAUUGUGAAAUUGCAAAAAUAGUUUUGCACGGUCUUUUGUAGUGAUGUUUGUUGGUAAAUGAGACCUUUUUAGCUGUACUCAUAUUAGAUGCAUGUGAAUUGAAGAGGGCUUUGGCUGAAUGCGUGUUGUGGUGAUGUCACAUGAUGCGCCUUGCGGUAAUUUUGAAAAAUUGCAAGCUCGUCUGAAUAUUUGUGAAUGUUUGUUUUGAUCUUGAGUUAGUUUUCUGGAGGGACUGUCACUUAAUGAAAUGUGCAUUGUUCAUUUUGGAUGGGUUCUUUGUACCGUUGAUUUGUUAAUAGCAUGUCUAUUCUCCUAACUAAUCAAUCAAUGCAUCAGUGCACUACUCGGUUCUAGCCUGGUCCUUAAAAAAAUUUAAAAAUUGUAUGUAAUUUUAGAUGUCUCAACACAAGCCUCAGACAGACGUGCUUAUAUUCAGUGUUACUCCCAUCAGUAAAUAUGCUCAGUAUUUCAAACAUGCAGGCGUAAUUUUUGGAUGCGUUUCAAAGCGUUAUACUCUUCCACCCACCUUAGAUGUUAAUAGCACGCAUCAGUUUGCAAUUAGUGAUGUUAAAUUGAGAAACUUCUUCUGCGAAAUUUAAAGUGACCGAGGCAGGUCAGAAGGCAGAUAAUGCAUUCGAGUGCAUCACUUUUUUUUUUUUUUUUUCAGUUUUAGGGUAGUACCGUAAUCUUGAAAGAGAGGGUGCUUGCCGUUGAUUUCUGGUUUUUGUAGGGCCAGGCACUUCUAUGCUCUGCCAGAAUGGCCUUACGAUGACUUGCUGGUCUGAGCGUUUUAUUUUCUUUCCCCUCCUCUUGCCUGAGUGUCAUUGCGGCAGCAGCAGCAGGCCCCAGCGAGCCGCGCUGCAGAUGCUGCCUGCUCCUCCCCUCCCCGAGCAGCACAGCGCAACCACGGCCUAAGGUCCGUGUCAUCCUCCCCCGGCUGGAGGCGCUCCUCGGUCACCCCCCGUGUCACCAGCUUCCCAUGCCCAGGUUGCCAGCGUGACAUAGAGCUGGGCGAGCGGGGCAUCAGCAUGCUCUUCCGAAACUUCACGCUGGAGAGCAUUGUGGAGCGCUACAGGCAGGCGGCCCGUGCCGCUGUCGCCAUCAUGUGCAACCUGUGCAAGCCGCCUGCUGUGCAGGAGGCCACCAAGAGCUGCAUGGACUGCAAGGCGAGCUACUGCAAUGAGUGCUUCAAGCUGCACCACCCGUGGGGGACACCCAGGGCCCAACACGAGUACGUUGGGCCUACUACUAACUUCAGACCAAAGGUGUUGAUGUGUCCUGAGCAUGAGAUGGAGAAAGUUAACAUGUACUGCGAGGUGUGUCGCCGGCCAGUGUGCCACCUCUGCAAACUUGGCGGUUCUCAUGCUAACCAUAAGGUCACGUCCAUGAGCAGUGCCUACAAGGUCCUGAAGGAUAAGCUAGCAAAAAGUAUCCAUUACUUAAUUAGCAAAGAGGAACAAGUGAAGACUCAGAUUUCUGAACUUGAGGUCAUGAUUCGGCAGACCGAGGAAAAUGGACAACUCGCAGAGAGACAGGCGAACGAGCACUUUGAGCGUCUAUUUGAGACUCUGCAGGAAAGGAAGACUGAAUUGUUGCGGUCCAUCGAGCUGUCCAGGAACCGGCGUCAGGACAAGCUCAAGAGCCAGGUGGAUGAGUACCAGGGCAUGCUGGAGAACAGCGGUUUAGUGGGUUACGCACAGGAAGUCCUCAAGGAGACUGACCAAUCCUGCUUUGUUCAGACGGCUAAGCAGCUCCACAUCAGGGUUCAGAAAGCCACAGAGUCAUUGAAGACCUUUCAGCCUGCUGCUAACCCCUCGUUUGAUGAGUUUAUCCUGGACACCUCAAAGGAAGAGUCCUUGCUGAAAGACCUUUCCUUUGGUGGAGUUCCCAAUCCUCCCAUGAUUGACCUGUCUCAGAGUCGUGUGUAUAACGAGGGCCUGAUUCACUGGAGGCUGCAUGAGGACUGUCUGCCCACAGACCACCAUGUCCUUGAGUAUAGAAAAGUGCCUGCAAAGGAUGAGGAGGAGAGCCAGUGGCACCUGACCGAGCGUGUGCACGGCUCCAGCACAGUGGUGUGUGACUUGGAUAGUGAUUGCCGCUACGCGUUCAGGGUGCGGAGCAGCCGCAAUACCAUUCACAGCCCCUACAGCCCUGAGGUGUCCUUUCACACACCACCUGCACCAGUGUUCGGCUUCCUGUUCAAUGAGAAAUGUGGCUACAGUGCAGAGCGUCUGCAGUUGAGCAAGAGGAAGGAUUCUGUGGAAAGCAUGGCUGGCAUGGUCUUCCUGUUGGCCGCUGAUCGGGUCCAGACUGGAAGUUACGUAUGCCUUGACUACAUCAUCGGUGACACGGGCAUAUCACAUGGCCGCCACUACUGGGCUUUCCAUGUGGAGCCUAGCUCUUACAUGGUGAAAGUGGGUGUGGCGUCAGAUGCGAAGAUGAGCGAGUGGUUCCACAACCCCCAUGACACCAGCAGCCCAAGGUACGACCAUGACAGUGGGCAUGACAGCGGCAGCGAGGACACGUGCUAUGAGCUCUCACAGCCUUUCACUCUACUCACAGCAGGCAUGGGCAAGCUCUUUAUUCCCAAAGCGUCCCACACUGCAGCCGCAGGAGACCAUGGCAGCCGUGUUCUUCCUCUGCCUCAGCGAAUCGGCAUCUGCCUUGACUACGAUGCCGGCCGCGUAUUCUUCUACGACGCUGACUCGAUGCGCUGCCUCUACGAGCGUCGGGUGGACUGUUCCGGGACCAUGUACCCUGCGUUCGGCCUCAUGGGGGGCGGAGCCAUCCACCUGGAGGAGUUCAUCACAGCCAAGCGCCUCUCUUACAUGUGAAGUGUCCGAGUCGAUCUACUGAUCCGUAACUCUACUAUUCUAUUGGUUUAUUUUGUCAUGAUAUGUAGCUAUCUGUGGGGAAAAAAAACACUAUUUCAGUUUGAGUCACGAGUAACCUGAAAAAAAACCCUUGGUUCAGUGCCUUUUAGGAGACCAACUAGGCAGGUGUUUAGAUUAUAACAUCCUCACCUAUACACAUCAGGGUUUACUAACAGUCACAGAAAUGCAAAAGAACACACUAUACCUUAAUAUAAUGCAAAGUUUUACAGAUGUCACCUAUUUGCCGUUCACAUGUGAGCCAUUUAACGAUUGUCUGAUUGUUGCAGAUCGACACCUGUGCACUAAUAAUAACCGGCUUUGUAAACUAUUCUGAUUGUAGAAAUGCUGCUUGGGCAGGCUUUUUUUUCUAUUAGGAAAAAGAAUAAGGUUUGUUUUAAGAAUAAUCAAGAAUGAUCUAAUAAAUAAUUUGCAGUGAAAUUGAAUCUAUUCUAUCUAUCAGUCUGUCUUAAAACAUAAGUGCUUGCUCGCAGUGGAUUGUCACAUAUACAUGUAAGUACACCUUUUAGUGAUUGGUAAGGAAUUGAAUGCAGCAUUGAAUGGCUUUCGCAUUUUGAAUGUGUGUGUGUAUAUAUUUUUAAAAUGAAAAGUAGCAUUUGAAUCACAAUGUGCUGCUAGGUUUAAACCAGGGUACGAGUACGAACACUGAUUCAGAAGGUGAUUGGGUUAAUAUGCACCAUCACAGCCAGUGCAAAAAUGACGGGAAGAAACUGACACGGUCUUAGUGAAUGAUCGGAUGUUUUGCAGCAGGAUUGCUGGCUAUAAAGGGACUUAACUGGAGUAGUAGUAGAUGGAGUGGGAUUGCCAUGUGAUUCCUCAGGUGCUCACCUUAUGGGCUUUCUGAUAUCUACCUCUUAGUCCUGAAAUAACAACAAUAAUAAUAGGCACUGGUUUUAUGCUUGUAUUAUUUUGAGGUAGUGGUAUAGCACGUGCCUAUUCACUAAACCUCAAAGGGAAUGUUUUCCUCUUAAGCUGGAACCCUAUGAGUUACCAAAUCAAAGCAUUUUAUUCCUGUUUUAAGUCAUUUAUCUCUUUGAUUUCAUUGCAAACUGAUGGCUUUUUUUUUUUUUUUUUAAUGAAUGCAUUUUUCAAAUUUCACUGCUUUUCAAUCCUUUCCUACUUGAUGGUUUGCUGUGGUUUUUUUUGUUUGUUUUUUUGUCGCCUUUUAUUGUAGCAUAAAACCUUUUAUGAAAGGAACUUUAGUUUUAAAGAUCACAUUAAGUCCUUUUUUUUUUUUUGUAAAAUUUUUAUUUUUAAAAAAUCUCUCUUCACUAAUAUUUAAUAUAUUUUAAGUGUAGUGUCCUGGGAAUUUGUCAGUAGAAAUCAGUUUGUUUGUCAUGAAAAUAAAUCAUGUGAAUAAUGGUAUUGUCACAUCAGGAAAUGGUGAAAUCAUGGUAAGCUCUUCCAGUAGUUACUUUUCAUAAACACUAAUUAUUGUUCAUCACGUUUCUUUCCACAGUGGAUUCAAGGGAGAAUCUAUGCACGUUAGUUUACAGUUUAUGGCUUGUGUUCUUGUGAAGUUACAAUGUUUGUGGCACAGAGUGUAAUCGUAACCAAGAAGUCACCAUUUAGUUCCUUGUACACGUUAAGCUGUUCGGUCUUUGAGGGGGGAGGGGGGGUUGUGGGACAGUUCUGUUUUCACGAAUCACUUUUGAUGUAGAUUUAGUGGUAGAGUAUCAAGAUACUGUGAGCUGUACUUGCUUAUUAAACAGGACAUGAUGUUUUAGUGGUCAUUUUAACUCAUUUUAAGAUAGCACUUUAUAGCAUGUUAAGUCUCAUGGCUUUGUGCAAGCGUGUAUGUGAAGUAGUGUGCAAUAUAAUUUCCCCCACAGGAUGUACUGUGCUCUUCAAAUGAGCUGUGGUGUGACGUUUGCUUUUUGUGACUAUAAUGCUUCAAUGAGGAUGAAAAGUUGUCUGUCACUUGUAUCUAUAUUCAUUUUUUUUUUUUUUUUUUUUUUUUUUUUAAUUUACCAUGUGGGGUUUUGAUAUAA